AUGUACAUUUUUCGCUGUACAUUUUUCGAAAGGAUAGAGACAAACCUGUCCCUCAAAGGCCUUGGAAGGGUGGAAGCCAUAGCAAACGAUUCAGAGCUAGCACCGCAUGUUUGUUCCCUGGCCGUGAAAUAUGUCGACACGCCAGAAGAUAAACUUGGAGAAGGCUUAACGUGGAAUCGACAUUCCUCCGGCUAUUUACUACCGGACGCAGAUGUUCAGAAAUGGGCUGAGGCUCUGCGUGGUCUGGUGAACUGCACGUCAUUUCACCUCAUUCGGCAGGGCUGGUCUGAUAAAGACACCUGUCUCGAUCACUUCACGUCCACUGAUACCAUAACACUGAUUCUCAAUGGUAUCAUCGAGGCUCAUAUCCCCGUCAAAGAAUUCCUGGUUGAUUUCAUACCGGAACUUCGCGGAGGAGCAAACGAACUCGAUUUAAGACGCCUUAAUGUGCCUGAUCUUUGGAAGCCAGAGUUUAUUGCUGUUUGGGCCAAUUUGCAAGUUCUCCUGUUGAACUUUACAAUGGAAAAAAUUGGGAUUGCCGACUGGAUUGACCCAAUAGUGCGGCAUGCAACUGAUCUGCGUAAAUUGACAAUCGUAUUCGAUCACGGUUGGGCAGCACGCGGACUUAUUGAACGCCUUUCCUCCCUUGACACGACUUCUCAGCUGCAGGAACUCACGCUGAAAGGGGGGACGCAUUCAAAAAUCAACGAAGCGAGCUUAAGCAAGCUAUUACACAACUAUCGGGACAGCCUUCGUGUCCUCAACAUAGCUUGGGUAACACUGGAGAGCUCAGGCUGGAAAUCGAUAAUUAGAAUGCUCAGCGAGUUUCCUAUACUCAAGAGCUUCUCAUUCAACACCCUGGGAGAAGCUCGCUACGAAAUCCAAUUUCCGGUUGCUUCUGAAAUCCCGACGGUAGACGAGGGUACAGAGUUUACAUCCCGCCCUCGAAAGAGAAAAGACCGAACCUUCAAUACCAGGGUCAGCUGCCGGGGACCCAAUACAAAAGCUAUUAUUCAAAGACUUGCCGACUCAAUGGAGAUAGUCCGUUAA